AUGGAGUUAGAUCAUAACGGUAUUUCAAACGGGGAUGGGACCUCGAAAUGGAAGGACGGCUAUGCCAUAAGCAUUGAUCCUAUCACACUUGCAGUCAAUGAAUGCAUGAUUAUGGUAUCGGCGAUGAGGCGAUCAAACAGGUGGUCAUCAGGAGGGGUUUCUUCAUUGUUCAAUGCAGGAGACUUUUUUGGAAGGAAAGACGAUGACGACACUUUUUCUGAUAGCUUGGACAUAUCGUCCAUUCUCAACAAUCACAAUUCAAACUACGAAAAGAGUGUUGAGGCUAAUAGCAUGGGUGGAAGCAUGGCCAAGCACCUGCAGGGAAAUCCACUACUUUCGUCAUUUCUACAGCUACGCUCCAUUCUAUUGGAAUCUAAGGACAUUUUUGACAUUGACAGUUUGACCAUCCUUCAACCGUUCUUGCUAGUUAUAAAGUCAUCCUCCACGUCAGGAUUUGUUACGGGAAUUGCAUUGAACUCAAUUUCAAAAUUUAUCACUUAUGGUGUCGUAUCGACAAAGUCAAAGAAUUUGCAGAAUUCUUUGAUCCAAAUCGUAUCCUCACUUACCCACUGUCGUUUUGAAGCGGCAGAACAAAGUUCUGAUGAUGCCGUUUUGUUGAGGGUAUUGCGUUUGUUGGAAAAAUUAAUGGAAAGUUCCCUCGCAAUUUUACUUCCUGACGAUAGCGUGUCAGAAAUUGUGCAGACUUCCUUAUCUUUAGCAUGCAACAAAAAGAGAAGCGAAGUUUUAAGAAGGGGUGCAGAGAUGUCCUUAGCUUCGAUCACUGUGGUAAUAUUCAGUAGACUUAGAGACAUUGAGCCUGACAAAGAGAUUGCCAUUGAUCUUCAGACAAACUUUUCGGAUACAAAACUUCCCGAAGAUACUAUCGGUGGUACACUCUUAGCUGAGAAUAUUCAAGCAAAUGCCUCUCAAGAGCAAAUUGCUGUCAAUAAGGAGCUCCAAGAAGAACAAACGUUGGAAAACAAGUUGGAACCCUCAUUUGGAAUUAAAUGCAUCAAUGAAUUUCUCGGAAUCUUGGUGUCAAUCAUAUCCCCAUCCAAUCAAUACCAGCAUAUGGAGAGUACAAGAGUAUUUGCUUUGUCGCUAAUCAAUACAGCUGUUGAAGUUGCCGGGUCGCAAAUAUCGAAACACUUGUCUUUGUUAACUAUGAUAGCUGAUCCAGUGUCAAAACACAUUUUACAAAUUAUCACUACGACCGAGUCAUCGGCGUUAUUGAAACCUGCACUUCAGUUAUUUUCUACAGUUUCCAUUGUUUUAGGGAAAGAAUUAAAACCACAAUUUGAGCUUUCCAUGAUAUUGAUUUCAAGGUCCAUUUUGCCCAAGCAAAAAGACAGUAAGAAGGACCACGCAAGAAACGGUAAUCUACAAAGCCGAUCUCCAAUUGCGAAGGAACUACUUUUGGAGUCUUUGAGUUUGCUAUGGUCACGUAGUCCCACGUUCUUCACCGAACUUUUCGUUGAGUACGAUUGUGACUUUGAUAAAUCGAAUCUUUCAGUAGACACAAUUAAGUUCCUAUGUCAAUUAUCAUUGCCAGAAUCGGCACUCAAUACCACGGUGAAUGUUCCUCCUUUAUGUCUAGAAGGAAUCUUGCAUUUUUUAAAUGGAGUAAAUGAAAGAUCGAAAACAUUUUCCUUAGACAAGGAAAAAUUGUCCGAAAAUAACCACAUCAAGAAGAAGUUAAAGAAAAGCGCAUUCAUCAAGUGCACUGAAGUGAUCAAUAAAAACCCUAAGGAGGGUAUCAAACUCUUGGCAACGGAGAAUUUUAUCAGCGAUGAAAAAGAUGUUGGCGAAGUUGGUAAUUUUUUCUUUACAAAAGCUGGAAGAUUAGACAAGAAAGUUCUAGGUGAAUUUUUAGCCAAGCCUUCCAACUCAGAUCUCCUUCAACAUUUUAUCAAAUUGUUCGAUUUUGAAGGCUUGAGGGUUGAUGAAGCACUUAGGGUCUUGUUGAAAACGUUUAGGCUUCCUGGGGAAUCCCAACAAAUUGAACGAAUUGUUGAAACGUUUGCCCAAGUUUACAUCGCGUGCCAGAAAGAUGGUUUGCAUGAAAACAAAUCGGCCACGUCCCCUGACCAUGAAGACACUACUAAACUGGAAGGAGAUAAAUCAGAAGCAGUAAAACCAGAUAAAGAUUCUGUUUUUAUACUAUCCUAUUCUAUCAUUAUGCUAAACACCGAUUUGCAUAAUCCACAAGUUAAACGCCAGAUGCUCUUGGACGAUUAUAAACGAAACUUAAGAGGUACAUACAAUGGGAAAGAUUUCCCUGAUUGGUACCUUGCCAAAAUAUACCUGUCCAUAAAAGAUCGCGAAAUCAUCAUGCCUGAAGAGCAUCAUGGGACUGAGAAAUGGUUUGAUGAUGUCUGGCAUAAUUUGAUUUCAACGCAAGAUUUCACCCAAAGUGGACAUGUGAAUUUAGAAAAUACCUCCAUAUGUGAAUUCGACAAGGAGUUGUUCAGGUCAGUAUUUAAUGAUAUCGUCAACAUGAUUAUGACCAUCUAUAAAGAAGCUUCUGAUGAUCAUGUAUUAACGAGAUUGAUGUCAUCAUUGGAUAAAAUUUUCAAUAUAUGCUUGGCGUACGACAUGGAAGAAGCGAUAGAUGAAUUAACAUGCAAAUUGGUUGAGUCUAGCAAUUUAUCAAAGACAAUAUUGCAAAAGGUUUAUGUUGAUGACAACAUUCGUCCUGAAAUUCCCAUCACUCAAAUUAAAAUCGAGGGAAGGAAAGGUGACUUAUUUGUGAGUGAUUUGGCAGUAUGGUUUGGACGUAAUUUCAAAGCGCAAUUGGCAGCUGUGAUGUUAUUUAGAUUGAUCAAGAAAACAAACUGCAGAAUAACUGAUUCGUGGAGCAAGGUGAUCGAGGUUGUGAUGAACUUGUUUGAGAAUUGUUUGAUUGAUCCCAACAUUUUUUUGGAGUUUCAGAAAAAGAUUCAACUUGGGCCAUUGCCAAAGGUCCCUCCUGUUUUUAAGAUCCAAAAAGCAAAAGCUUUAAACAAUUCUGGUCUCUUGUCGACCUUCUCGUCGUUUCUCAAAGGAUACUCUGAUGAUCCACCUGAACCCACAGACAUUGAGGUUGAAUCAACGAUAUCAACUAUGGACUGUUUAAAGUCAUUAAAUGUUCCCAGUAUAUUUGCAAUCAUUUCCAAAAGUGAACUGGCUAAUUUGCGCAAGUUUAUAAACUUGUUGCUUUCAGCACUUCCUGAUUAUUCUGAAGAUGUCAAGAGAGUGUAUGAGUCGGAAACUUUAUUUAUUUUCGAAACUUGCGUUUGCUUUUGUUUGUUGUUGAAUGAUGAACAUUUACAGCAUAUUGUUUUAAGAAAACUCAAAAACCACAAAUUGAGCGGUCUCGGUGAAUUGAGAAUCAUUGCUUACAAAUUACUUUUAUUGCGAUACUGUAAAGAUGAAGAGGAGCUAAUUGCUACCGUGAAACAUGCUGGAUCUGUGGACAGAGAUAUUGCAAGUAAACAUGGGACACAAAUCGUGCUGCCUUUGAUGUCGUUAACGGAUGAAGACUCCUGGUGUUGUAAGAUAUUGCUCAAAGAAGAGUCCUACUGGAACACCAUGCGAUUUUACGGGUCUUUGCAAGCUUACGCCUUUGAUAUAGUUCCUUUUCUUGAAGCGCUCAUUAAAAGUUCUAAGCAGGAAAUAACACCAGAGAAUUUUCUUCCUAUUUUGGGGCUUUUGGAUGAGGUUUCUUCCUUAGGUGCGAUCGGGUCGCAAUACGAAUGUGAAAGUGCACACUCCGCUGUUAAAAAUUCUGAUGAUCUGUACUACAGAGAGGUAGUUGCACUUUCCAAGAAAACAAUUGAUUUAACUUUUUCCCUAGCAGUAAUGCUGAAAGAAGAAAAAUUUCAAAAACAGGAUUUGUUCUACUCAACGGUGCAAGCAUUGGCUCAUCAAUGUUUCAACCCAUGCAGGGAAGUUAGGGAGUAUUCAGUGAAGAGUCUUUCUGCGACGGUUUUAUCCUUUGAAGCUAAUGAUAGAGUAACAUUUAGUGGUAUUUUCGACUAUGGUCUUUUCCCUUUGUUAGCUGAAUUAACUAAGUCCGAGGUAUUUCAGGGCGGAGCCAAUGGGUUUGAUAAAACAUUCAAUGAGAUAUUUCGCCUUCUUUGCAAGGUGUUUUUGAAGCAGAUUGACAAGUCGGAUGCUGAUACCAUUGGAAAAGUGUGGGUAGAACUUUUGAAUUGUACUGAGAGAUUCUAUCUUGCUAACUCGAUGUCCUUGACCCCUGAAAUGACAGAAUCUAGCUCAGAGAGCUUGAAAAACUUGUUGUUGGUUUUGCAAACGAAUGGGUUUUUAUCAAAGAGUAACCCUGAAAUUGUACAAACCACCAAAGAAAAAGUACAGAAAUUAUUUCCUCAUCUAAGUGAGGAGCUACAUGUUCAUGUUGAUGCAAAUUUGAGUCCGGCUGAACAGUGA